AUGGCACUACGCUCAGCUGCCAUGGCCGAGGCCUUGCGGCCCCCUCUGAUGAGUGCUGCGUACAACACCCCCGGCCAACGAAGCAGCUUGAUGUCGGUCCGCACUGCCAAGAGCAACGUCACGUCAAUGGUCACCGAGAUCCCCAAGCCGGUCGCACACGGAAGCGGUGUAAGCUGCUCCAUUCUCAUGGCUGAGCCCAACAUUUUCCUUACUGGGUUCGAACACGACGGCCACCGCCAUCACUCGCAGGGCGGGACUGCCCUGCUGCGCGGAAAGCUGCAAUUGAAGGUGUCCAAGAACGUCAAGAUCAAGGGUGUGAGCCUGAAGUUGGUGGGCAAGGCACGAACCGAGUGGCCUGAGGGAAUUCCCCCAUUGAAAGUCGACCUUUAUGAGGAGGAAUCAUUACGAACCCAGGUUCUAACAUUUUUCAACGCUGUGAACGAUGGAUGGGAAACCGAAUAUGGAAACCAAUGUCAAUACGUGCUGAAGAACAGCUCUUCGAAUUCUUCUUCAACAAACCUUGCUCCCGGCGGAUCGCCUCGCAACUCGAUCUCCCCGUCGCUCCUCUCGAUACCCCCCAACCGACAAGGUCUCACCGCGAAGGAACUGAAGCGCCUGUCUCUGCAGUCCAACCAGUCGCGCAGUUUCGGAAAGGGCGACAACCCCAAUGGCAACCAAGCCAAGGGUUACAAGGUCUUCUACCCCGGUCUCUACGAGUACACCUUCGAGCUUCCAAUCGAUCACCACCAGCUUGAGACGACCAAGCUGCAAUAUGGCUCGGUGAAGUGGGAGUUGCAGGCGACCGUCGAGCGCGCCGGUGCGUUUAAGCCUAACCUGCACGGAUCCAAGGAGGUUGCCAUCGUGCGCGUGCCCGAUCAACUCUCGCUCGAAAUGACGGAGCCCAUCUCCAUCAGCAGGCAAUGGGAAGAUCAGCUUCACUACGACAUCAUCAUAUCCGGCAAAUCAUUCCCAAUCGGCACCAAGAUCCCGAUCGCAUUCAAGCUCACACCACUUGCAAAGGUCCAGGUGCAUAAGCUCAAGGUCUUUGUCACCGAGUCAAUUGAAUACUGGACCAACGAUCGCCGCGUUACCCGCAAAGAUCCCGGCAGGAAGAUUCUCCUCCUCGAAAAGACUGCCGGAAAGCCGCUGGACCCUGCAUAUGCGUCUUCGGAUGUCCGCGUUCUGAACGGUGGUGAGCUGACGCCUCGCCAGCGCCGGGAGGCCCGGGAGGCUGCGAGCAUGCGUCGCGCUGCCGAGGCGUCGCGUCAUGGCGUGAUGCCCGACCCCCUGCCGGAGCCUGUCGAUAACAUUCUGGGCGAUUUGGAUCUCGGGUUGGAGAGCUACUGGGGUUCUACUGAGAUCGAGAUGAAUGUUCAAUUGCCAACGUGUGACACGAUGGCAAAGGACAAGACACUGCGCUUGCAUCCCGACUGCAGUUGGAAGAAUGUCAAUGUGUACCACUGGAUUAAGAUCGUCAUGCGAAUCUCUCGCCUUGACCCCGAAGAUCCCACCGGUACCAAGCGCCGCCACUUUGAGAUCUCAAUCGACUCACCCUUCACGGUCCUCAACUGCCGCGCAACGCAAGCCAACACCUCUCUCCCAGAGUACUCUGGUCCGGACAGCUGCCUCGCCCAGAGCCGUCAAACUUCGUGCGGAUGCCCCGAUGCCGUAACCAUCGCCGGACCUCCCGAGGGCUCUCCCAACAACCUCUCAACCGGCGCCCUCACAAUCACCGAUGCGAACACCGAGCUCCCGGCACCACCUCAGGCCGCCCAUCUCCCAUCCUCACCAACACCUACGCCCGGAAGCGGGGGCCGCUCUUCACCACCGAACUCCAACACCGUCGUGGUGGAUCCUUACGACAAUCAAGCCCGUCCAAUCCACCUGCUACGCGUGCCCUCAUACAACCCACCGGCCUUUGACGCCGAGAUCCCUCCUCCCCCGGUCGAGAACCUCACGGCGCAAACUCCUCCGCCUCAGUACGAUGUCAUCGUCGGCACACCAAGUGUAGAUGGUUUGGCCGACUACUUCACCCGCCUGGCAGACUAUGGCUACGACGAGCCCGAGGAGGAUUCCGAUUCAGACGAGGGUCCCGCGCGCAUCUCGGAGCGCGGCGGCCGCGUCAACGUCGCUCACCCGCGCACCCCCGGCGGCAGGCGAGCGCCCAGUCGCAGCCUCGAGAUCCAGCGCCCUCCGAUGCAGCUCGACAUGAAUGCGCUGCCCACGCUUGCGCGGAACCAGCAACAACAACGACAACAACUCCAGUAA